AUGCAACAGAAGCCGUUGAGCUUUUCCGUCAGCUCUCCCCCUCCAUUUCAUCAGACAUCUCUGCGCGGAUCAACCUCGAACGCUCCUGCUCGGACCACUCCCAACCCCUUCGCCAUACCAUGGGAGGACUACGUGUCCCCCUCGGGAGAUGUGCGCAUCAUAUCCGCAGCCCAGGACCAUCGCAUCUUCCCCACGCAGCUGCCUUCCUCCAUCAUUGCCGCCACCUUCCCGUCCCUCGCCUCUGACCCCCUCUACCGAGUGAUUCAGUUACACAUGGCACUCCACCACAAGUUCGUCGACGUGGCCCAUCAGAAGACCGACGCCUUCGACACGGUGGAGCUCAACUGGCACGAAGAGGCAGGCCCGAGGCUGCUGCCCGCGCAUCAGUGCCUCCACAACCUGCCCCGCGGCACCAAGUGGCGAAUGGAGCACGGCGCGCCCAAGUUCCUCGAGAUCAUCAUCCGCUGCGCGUUCUUCAUCGAACCCGAGCUCAUGGAGGUUCUGCUGGACCACAGCACCAGUCGGGCUUCGCUUGCGGUCUACAUGGCGAAAGAGCGCGUCGACUUCCCCCUCUCCCAGGUGUUCCACCUGGCCAGCCCGGCCCCCCUACUCCCCCGGCACGCGCAACCACCGAAGUUCCCAACUGCGCCAUGGGUCAAGCACCAAGAGCGGCUCAGUCACAGCAUCGUGCGGCCAGCGCCUGGCAGCGAAGCCGCGGCCUUGCGCGUGGGCGUCGCCUGCACCAAGAAAUACACGUGGAACAACGACGACGAGCUGUGGCUCAUGUGGAUGCUGGACGUGGUGGGCGUGGCGCACGUGGUGAUCGACAUCUCCACACGCGAUCUCGAGCUAUCCAAGGUGGAGAAUGGCCUCGCCAACCACCCCGGCCUCGCCGAACGCGUGACGCUAGUCGACCUGGACAUCCCCUUCGGAUCGCCCCCGAUCACCUACUGCUACCUGAUCGAGAGCGUAGCGCGGGACGUCUUCAUGCGCUGGCAGGCGGACUUCGACUACAUCUUCAUGAUCGACGCCGACGAGUUCGUGCAGCUGUUCGACAGGGAACCACCGUUCGCGCGGCUCGACGUCAGGACCUUCAUCGAGCGCAACCAGGAGCGCAUCAGUCGUGAGGGCUUAGCCUACCUUCGUCGACCCACCAUCCUGCGGUCAGAGGCCAACAACGCCUCCGACCCGAUGCUGGGUGAGUUCCUGGCGACGCUGCCGCUGCUCAACGGCGAGGAGCUGUUCUCCAUCAUCGAGCCCGCAGCGCGCGCGCCCACAGCCGAUAAGAUGUCCGUCGGGAAGUCGCUGUUCUGGCCGCCUCGGGCGGUGUACUCGUUCCUGCACUACAACCAGGACACGCCGCCCGUCUUCUACAACGUGAGCGAGGCCCACAUGCUCCAUGUCCGCCAGGAGGUGAAAGCCGACAGCAUCAGGCAGUAUGUGGACAGGAUGGAGCGGUGGCGUAGCUAG